CCAGGAUGGCCCAGGGAUUUCCAUUGUUGGAGCCCCGCGCCCCUCUGGGUGAAGUCUGCAGAACUCCUCUGCUUGCUGAACGGCAUGAAGCUGAGAAUCGUUUUGCCAGCAAAUCAUCAGAAGCAGCCAAACAGCUAAUCGCUGCCGAAGGUCACCUGAACAAACUGCAGGGUGAUGGUGCCAUCACGGCAGCGGAAGCGGCCUUGAAGGCCUUCAGAUCUGCAGGUGAUGCAGUGGGCUCCGCCGAAAGUCUGCGAGUGCUGGCGAAAGCGCAGCAGGUUCAGGCAUAUCUGGACGAUGAGGAUGCACGUGCGCUGAACCCAGCGGAGCUGUUCUCCGAGGACUUUGAGAAAGCCAAGAGCUCCAACGACCAAACGGCCCAGGCGGUUCUGCAACUGGGUCUCCUGGACAUCUUGUCCUUCGGCACGGCUGCCACAGGCUGGGUGCCCAGCAGAGCCACUAGGGACAAGGCUCUCGAGGCUGGCAAUGAGGCGUUCCAGCUCUUCCAGUCGAUCGGCGACAGCAGACUCCAAGCGAUGACCAAAUUGGAGAUCUCCCUGCUUCUGUCCAAAGGAGCUUCUCCGAAAUCAGCUUUCCAGGCGGCCACGGAGGCAUUGGAGAUGUUCACUUCGUUGGGCGAGAAGCUGGGGAUGGGUCUGGCGCUGCACGCCAUUGCCGCCUCCCACGUCAUGGCCAAGGACUACGACUUGGCGAUGAAGAAGGGUUUGGAGGCCCUUGAGCUGAUUCGGGCCUCUGGGGACAAGAGGGCAGAGGUGGUCCUGUUGGAGACGUUGGUGUCGUGGAGCGUCACACAGGAGAAACCUCACAAGGCGCUUGUGAUGGCGAAAGAGGCUUUGGCGUUGCGCCUGGAACUUGAAGCGCCUCCACUAGAGGAGGCGCGGUCAUGCCUGUUGCUGGUAGAGGCGCUGGCAGGAGUGAAGAAGGUCCGACGCGGCUUGAAGGCAGCGGAGGAAUGUCUGAAUCGGCUCAAGAAGGUCAGUGAUCGUGCCCACGUCUAUGGGCUGGUGGUGGUGGCCACUGCGCAGCUCAAGCGGGAUCAUCCCGAGCUGGCCCUCACAGCCACUGAUGAGGCAAUCGAUAUUGCCAGAGAGAUCGGCGACAAGCGCCUGGAGACCACCUUGCAGUACCUCCAUGCGGAGGUCAACGUCCAGCUGCAGAGCCGUCAGGACGCCUUGGAGGCGGCCGAAGACGCCUGUGCCCUGGCCGAGGAUUUGCAGGACAAGAAGGAGGAGGGCGACGCUGAGUGUUUGUUGUUCUCCCUGCUGGCCCGUGGCACCUUGGACCGACCCUCCCUGCUGAAGGGAUUGAAGUCUGCUACCAAAGCCCGAGAACUUUAUCAGAAAGCUCAGUACAGGCUUGGGGAAGCAAAGGCCUUGGUCCACAAGGCGUCCAUCCUGGGCGUGGACUCAGCUCCAACCAGCGCCGAGGAGAUGUUGAGCGUGGCAGCAGAGGCCCAUGACAUCUUCGAGGAGCAGGAGCACAUCGGAGGACAAUCCGCGGCGCUGCAGUUGGUCACGGAGGCUCAGUUGGCCAAGGAGAACUUUGACGAAGCGGCGUCGGCCGCCAAGGAUCGCCGGGCCAUUUGGAAGGGCCUUGGCUGUCGCAAGGAAGAGGGCGAUGCUGUACUGCAAUUGGCGCGAAUCCAUUUGGGCAGCACAGAUUACGAUGCAGCAGAGAAGCAUGGCUUGGAGGCGCAGAAGAUCUUCCAGGAAGUGGGCGAUAAGGCGGCUGAGUCGGUGGCUUGCGUGCACCUGGCACAGGCGUGCCUGAAAAAGAUGAGCAACGAGGCGGAAGGUGAGACCAAAGAGGCCCUGGCCUCAUCCACCUACCGCGCCUCAGCGGAGAGGGCCAUGCGGGCCGUGAACGAUGCAAUCACAGCCUGUCGACAUCUGGGUAGCAAACAGCUCCGUGCGGGCGCCUUGUUCUGGCGCGCGCAGGUCCUAGGCUUCCGCGGCAGGUUGGAAGAGGCCCUGAGAGUGGUGGUUGAUGCUGAGAAGUGCUUCGAAAGCAUCCAAUCCGGCAGUGCCAUGGUGCAGUGCAAGGUCCUGGCAGCUGAUUGCCUGGCAGGUUUGAAGCAUUACGAUGAGGCCAAGGAGGUGGCGGAUCAGGCCAUCAAACAGGCCAGUGGCUUACACGAUCGCCAGGCGGAGGGGCAAGCCAAGAGCUGCCUGGAACGCAUCGAGAAAGCGGAGAAGAAGAGUAAGGAGGUGGUGGCUCCUCCCGUUCAAGCAGCCAUUGCCACCGAAGCCGCGGCGCCGGAGGCCCAGCAAGCUGCAGGCGCCGCGGCGGCCUCGGCGGCCGUGCCGGAGAAGAAGGGCCUGGAUGCCGCGCAGGCCACGAAGCGGCUCAUGGCCAUCGUCAAGGAUGUGAUUGCCGCGGACGACGAAAUCAGCGCCGACAGUCCUCUAAUGGAAGCAGGUAUGGACAGUUUGUCUUCUGUGCAGCUCGUGACGGAGGUCUCCAAGGAGUUCGCCAUGUCUCUCUCGCCCUCCUUGGUCUUCGACUUUCCCAACGUGUCGUCCAUUGUCAACCACUUGGUGGAAGAGAGUGCAGGCUGAGCGGCCACCAAAAACAAAGACAAUUUGCUGCGAUUUCAACCCACAAUGCCCG